GCCUAACGAAAAGCAGACAUGCUUUGACAGAAGCGUUGGGAAGUAUCAGUAUCCCGAAUGGUUAUCAGGAUGUCAUCCACCGAGGUAGAGAAAACAGACGAUGCAGAACCAGCAGCAGUACAUAACGCCUUUGACGCCGACAGCAAGAAGGAGACCAAUGGUGACCAGAGCCAUCAGGCUCCAGCGGCAGAAGUUCAACCUCAGCCUGCCAGUGACACGGCCACCACUGCAGACACAAGUACUGUGGCAGCUAAAAAUCUGGCGCUGCUUAAAGCCCAUUCUUUAGAUGUGAAGUUUGAAGUUGGCGAGGAGUAUGACAUAAUCGAAACCAUCGGCACAGGGGCCUAUGGCGUUGUUUCGUCUGCCAGGAGGCGGGACAAUGGCCAGCAGGUGGCAAUAAAGAAAAUUCCUAAUGCCUUUGAGGUGGUGACAAAUGCUAAGCGCACACUCAGAGAGCUCAAGAUCCUGAAACACUUUAAACAUGACAACAUUAUCGCAAUUAAGGAUAUUCUUCAGCCUGCUGUACCUCAUUCUGCCUUCAAAUCUGUUUACGUGGUCCUAGACUUAAUGGAGAGCGACCUGCAUCAGAUCAUUCACUCAAGGCAACCGUUGACCCCUGAACACACACGCUACUUCCUGUACCAGCUACUGCGAGGCCUGAAGUACAUCCACUCGGCCAACGUGAUCCACAGGGACCUCAAGCCGUCCAACCUGCUGGUGAAUGAGAACUGUGAGCUGAAGAUUGGGGACUUUGGUAUGGCACGGGGCCUGAGUGCAGCCCAUGCAGAUGAGUCUCGCUCAUUCAUGACCGAGUACGUGGCCACACGCUGGUACCGCGCACCCGAGCUCAUGCUCUCCCUACACCACUAUAGCCUGGCCAUCGACAUCUGGUCAGUGGGCUGCAUCUUUGCCGAGAUGCUGGGUAGGAAGCAGCUCUUCCCAGGGAAACACUAUGUGCAUCAACUGCAGCUGAUCCUCUCCGUGUUGGGCACGCCUCCUGAGACUAUCGUGAGGGCAAUUGGGGCUGAGAGGGUGCGGUCGUUUGUGCAGAGUCUGCCAUCCAAAGCGCCAGUGCCACUCUCCAGGCUGUACCCGCAUGCCGAACCGGCUGCCUUGGACCUGCUGGGCGCCAUGCUGCGCUUUGACCCACGUGAGAGGAUCAGUGUGUGUGAGGCCCUGGAGCACCCCUACCUCGCCAAGUACCAUGACUCGGAUGAUGAGCCAGUGUGUGUGCCGGCCUUUGACUUUGAGUUCGACCGGCAGCCCAUGGGCAAGGAGCAGAUCAAAGACGCCAUCCUGGCUGAGAUCCAGGACUUCAACCAGAAGAAGCAGAGCAGCAGGAAAAAGAUCCAGUUCAAGCCUCUGCAGAGGUCCAGCACGAGCACAAACUCAGGUCCAGCAGUGGAGGGCUUAGUUAAUAAUUCACAUCCAGCAGUGUCACACACUAACAAUCCCCCAAACACUACAGACACUCAGCAACAGCAGCAGAAACAGGAUCAGAAUUUGGCAGCUACGAUGCAAAUCAUGACCAACUCUGUCCAUUCCUUUUGUAAGCAUCCCCCACAUCCUCAGCAUCUCACUCAUGUUUUGCCGCCGUUAGCACAGGCAGGAAAUUGUCAGGAUGUUGACAUGCCCAGCGCAAACUCUGAUGGCCAACCAGAAACCAUAGACCUUACCACGCCCAUAUCAAUCCAAGGCACACCGCCUUGUGACCCAAUGAGAGACUGCACAAAGAAGGAGGAGCCUGUUUCAGCAAAUCAGGUUUCUCUAGGACAAAUUCGGAACCGCCCACUCCUACAGAUGACCUCUAAAUCACUUCCCUCCAAUAUUCCUCAGGCAGGUCCUUCACUUUCACUCUCCCAGUCCCAGGCUCAGUCCCUCUCUCAGUCACUUUCUCGCUCACUUGGAAAAGGGGGAAAGGCAACAAUUGGGGAAACUACCAGAAAGGAAGGAGCAAUUUCAGAUGACACCAAAGCAGCUCUCAAGGCAGCUUUGCUUAAGUCUGCCCUGAGGCAAAAGGCUCGAGAUGGAAGUUCUGCAGCACUGUAUGUAGACCUGAGUGGAUCAUCCUCCUUGAUUUCCUCUGUUGGUCCAGAACACCGGAGACCUGUUACUGCACAAGAGAGGCAAAGAGAAAGGGAAGAGAAGCGAAGGAAAAAACAGGAACGGGCAAUGGAGAAAAAGAGGAAACUGAAAGAGAAGGAGAAAAAGGAGGGGAAACAAGGAGAGUCUCUGGGUGGCGUCUUGUUAAGCGACAAUGAUAAGAAGCUGUUGGAGCGUUGGGGGCGAAUGGUGGACAGCCGAGUGGACAAAUCACAGGCUACCGAUGGCAACACUGCCAAGUCCAGUGACAGUAAGGGAGGGUCCUGUCAGAUACAAGCAGCACUAGGGAAAAGCCUGAUGAAGAUGUCCGCGGACCCAGCAGAAUCAGUCAAACCUGCCAAACAGACAAAUGAGUUGCAGGCCUUCAAAACAUCCCAACCAGUAGUUCCUCCAAUUGGACAGUGUGUGGCAUCUGGAAUGUUCCAUCCACCUACCACUUUCAAUUCCCUGCCACUCUCCUUAGGCUCAACUCAGAACGGGGACAUUGGAAUGGUGGCAGUUGGCGGAGGUGGAGGUGUGGGUGUGGUUGAUAAUGGUGGUGCUCUGAGUAUAGUUGGAGGAGGGACUAUUAGUGUGGUGACUACCCCAUGUGCAUUUGCCAAAAGUGACAUCUUAAAACCCCAACCUCACACUCAGUUACUUGGUGGUGGAACCAUAUUCACCACUCUAGAGAACUGGACAGGAACUCAGGCCAGUACAGGAACAUCUCAGCAACCACAGACCCAGCACCAACCUCAGCAGAUCCCGCUGUUCCCCUCCCUACAUGUGAGCCAUCCAGCUCACAGUAGCUUCCCACAGCAGCCCGCUUCUCAUGGUCAAAUGCAGCCUCUUCCGAACACCAGACCAGCUCAAUCUCUCUCACACACCCAAACACCUAGUGCUAACCCUCCAUUCAAGCUGCUUUCGUCAGACACUUUCAUCACUAAGCCUCCGUCCCUAACCCCCAAUGGGACUGCAAGUGUCGGUGUGCAGGACACCAGCACACUUCUCUCUAACCAGGACUCAGUAGGUGCUCCUCAGCCCCUGGAAAAGUUGUGCUCAGUCCUGGGAGAUCAGCAGAAUUCCCAGCAGCCUUCUCACGGGCCUCCUGGAACAACUGCCCAAACUUGCCUGAGCCUCUCAGACACAGAACCACCAGGGACCAGCAGGGCCCCAGAUAUCCACACGGUUACACUACAGCUAUCUAAGUCACAGGUUGAGGAUGUUUUACCCCCCGUUUUUUCAGUAACCCCUAAAGGCAGUGGGGCAGGAUAUGGUGUUGGCUUCGACCUUGAUGACCUCCUCACCCAGUCUCUCACUGACCUCCAGCAUUCAGACCUCAGAGAAAGUCACAAUGACUCCGCGCCCCUAUCAGCAUCCUUGCUGUCGGAUUGGCUUGAGGUGCAUCGCAUGACCCCAGCUGACUUGGAAUCGCUUCAGCAGGAGCUCCAGCUUGGAUCUCCCAUGAUUCUUUCCGACAACUCCACCCUCCCUGAGGCCUGAUUCCUAUAUUCGUACCCCACACCUUCCACCUUUCCAUCAC